AUGUCAGACAAUAUUACCAGCGCCAAUGAUAAAGAAGCCUACGAGGUUUCUACUGGUGCAAUUGAAAAAAUCAAUGAUGUCACUAGCGGAGAACUCAAAAUCAAAGAUAGAGGGUUUGAGCUCUUCAAGGAAGCUGUUGGCAAUGAAAAAGUUGAAGUUGACCCAAAGGAAAGCUCUAAAGUCGCCCGAAAACUCGAUCUUUAUAUGUUGCCAAUUAUGUUUAUUCUUUAUGGUAUUAAUUAUGUUGAUAAAGCAGCCUUAGGUUGGGCAGUUUUGUUUACUUUCGAGGCUGACUUACAUUUGACUGGAGAUGAUUACUCCUGGGUGUCUUCAAUCUUCUACUUUGGCUAUUUAGGUGCUCAAUACCCAGCAUCGUACUGCUUAAGACGUUUCCCUGUGGGAAAAGUCAUUGGAAUCACUACUGUGUGCUGGAGCUUUAUAAUGUUGGCUCAUAUGGGAUGCAAAAACUAUGCUGGUAUACUUGUUUGUCGGUUUUUGUUGGGUGUCUUUGAAGCACCCAUUAGUGGUGGUUUUGUCCUCUUUUGUUCCCUCUUUUACACUCGUAAGGAACAAAUUGCUAGAACGAUGUGGUGGGGAUCUUCUCAGGGAAUCUUUUAUGUCAUCUUCGGUUUGGUUUCGUAUGGUUUGGGACAUGCUACUAAUAGCGCACUAAGUGAAUGGCAGUUAAUUUACUUGGUAUUGGGUCUCUGUUCAUUUGUUAUUGGAGUAGCAUGGUUGUAUUUCAUCCCUGACACCCCACUUGACGCCAAAUUCUUAACAGAAGAAGAGAAAAUUGUUGCAGUACACAGAGUUGCUUCUAAUAUGAUGGGAGCUGCAACCCAAGGUGACAACAAGUGGGAUUGGAGUCAAGUUCGCGAAUGCUUAUUCAAAGACCCAAAGACCUGGAUGUUGAUAGCAUUCAUCCUUUUCUCGAUGUUGCCAAAUGGUGGAUUGACAAACUUUGGAAGUUUAGUUCUUGACAGUAUUGUUCACGGUCGACUUGAAACCAUUGCUGUCGGUAUCGGCAGCUCAUUCUUCUCAUCAGGACAAAUGUUAAUCUUUUCAUUCUUUGCCCGUAAAUAUAAUAACUUUAGAACAAUUGGAAUGACUUUUCCAAUGCUUUUGGCUAUUGCUGGCCUUUCUGCGGUUUAUGCAACUGAUAACAAUCCUGGUGCUAAGAAAUGGGGUAGAGUAUUUGCUUACUGGAUGAUCAAUUCUUAUGCAGUUACAUGGCCAUUCACUUUAUCUUUCCUUGGCUCCAAUUUUGCUGGUCAUACUAAAAGAGCAACCAUGAGUAUGGUUUUAUUGAUUUUCUUUGCCGUUGGUAACAUCAUAGGACCUUUUUGUUUUACAAGUUCUGAUGCACCUAAGUAUACAAAGGCUCUAGCUACUAACUUAGGUUGCUUUUGCGCUUGUUUUGUUAUUGGAGUUCUAUUAAGGUUCUACUUGAUUCGGGAAAACAAAAUAAGAAAUACUAAAUAUGGUGUCAUUUCUACUAACGACUUCGAUGAAGAUGAAAGAAUGGAGGGAAUCUUGAACGGUAUGAAGGAUAUGACCGAUUUGAGCAACAAAUCCUUCCGAUACGUUUUAUAA